UUGACAGAUUAAUGCCAGCUGUUUCGUGAUUGUGAUGACGUGUGUUGUGAAAUGAAUUUUGUUUAAAAAAUAAAUUAAAUAAUUUGAAAUUGAAUCGAAAGACAAAAUUUAAUAUCGUCAAAAAUAGCCAUGGCUAAAACAGCAGAUUGGGAUGAAAUAAAAAGAUUAGCUGCGGAUUUUCAGAAAGCCCAGCUUAGUUCCACUGUACAAAGAUUAUCUGAACGAAACUGCGUGGAGAUAGUAACAAAGCUUAUUGAAUUAAAACUUAUUGAUGUUAUAUUUACAAAUGAUGGUAAGGAAUAUUUGACCUCCCAACAACUUAUAAAAGAGAUCAAAGAUGAAUUAUUUGUUCAUGGAGGAAGAAUAAAUGUGGUUGAUCUCGCCAAGGAGCUGAAUGUUGACUUGAAUCAAAUAAAUAUCAGCGUACCUGAAAUAACAAGGGGAAAAGAUGUGCAAUUGGUGUCAGGCUAUUUAAUUUCUCAUGACUACCUUGAGAAAAUUGCACGAGAAAUAAAUGAAAAGCUGCAAUUGCAAGGACAGCUCAGUGUAGGCGAGCUCACCUUGCAGUACGACCUGCCGGCUGAGUUGUUGCAACAUAACAUUCUUGAACGAUACUUGGGAAAAAUAGUCAUUGGCAAGCAAGAUGUGUCUGACCCCAGAAUAUUUUACACCGAGGAUUAUAUUAGUACAACUAAAGCCAAGAUACGAGGAGCUCUUAUGGGUCUGUUGAAGCCGACACCUGUGGCUGUUAUUGUUAAUCAUUGCAACUUGUCAGACCGACUUUUCUGGUCUCUUUUCGAUCAGCUGAAUGCACCCGGGGUGCUGACUGGGCGCCAGGCUGGAGCUCUGUAUGUGCCAUCUUGUUAUACUAAAACACAAAAUGAUUGGGUUCUUAGUUUCUAUAAGCAGAAUAAUUACCUUGAGUAUGAUGCUUUAUCACGUUUGGGUAUCUCAGAUCCAAAAGGUUUCAUAAAGAGGAUUUUGGCUAAUGAAGAGCUGGUAUUUUUAAGCAGCUGUGCCAUCGGUAUUCAGAUAAAGCAGAACCUUGAAACUGCUUUAGAGGAAUGCAUUGCAUCUAAAAGUUACUUGGAUGUUGUCUCUUUAUUGCCUUCAAUAUUGUCUGAUACUGAUAUAGAGAACAUUCUGGACAGUCUUUUGAAGAAUUCGAAAUCAACAGUUUUGUUUGAUAACACAGUUUUCAGCAGCCACUAUCUGGAGCAACUGAAGCAGUCCUGCAUGCCGGUGACACAGAAAAAAGCAGAGGCUACAGUCAAAAGUGGUAAAUAUCAGCAAUACUACUUGGAACAGCAGAUGUCCAAGGCAGACUCCACCCAAUAUGGCCACGUCGACCACAAAGCUGAGAGGAAAGAAGAGCGCAGAAGAAAAGCUGCCACUGGCAAGGGAGGUGGCGGCGCUCAAGGAAGAGAAACUAAAACUAAAGCAGUUAAGAAACAUACAAGGUCUUCUAAGCAUGCUGCACAGGAUUCAGACUCUGAUGACGGAGCUACUGUCACAAAAAAGAAUAACACAGCUCUGGAAAUUAUAACUGUGGAAGACAUUGAGAAGGUUAUAAAAGAUACAUUGGAAAAUGAAGGGCUUGAUGAUUUGAUUACGCAAGUGGCGGAAUAUCUUCAUAGUGGCCUCAACGUGACAGGUCUCAGCAUAGCUAAAGAAAUGGCAGAAAAACUUCUCCAAGAUGCCAGUCAGAACAGAAAACAGACACACUCUUCGGCCCAAGACAAGAUCAACAUUCUCGUUAAUGACAUCAAGCUCUAUGAAAAGGGGCUCAAGUCUUUUGCAUUUGACCAGCAGCCUCAAUUUGUGAAAUAUCUUCUGAAGACAUUUGGAGCCGACACUCUGUCUGAGUUCUGCAAGUAUGCAGCUUCCCAGAGCAACCUGCCCGUAAACGAUAAUCUAACUGUUGAGCAAAGGAACAAGAUUAUCAAGGAUCUGCCAGAGGAGUAUAUGAAACCGCUGCAAAGUUUAAAUGCGACAUUGGCGGAACCGAACCUUGAUGCGUUUUAUCAAGCUGUUGAUGCGUGUUUAUCUGCUUGCGAAAUGAUCUUGAAGAAGGCAGAUAAAAAGAAAGACAAGACCCUGAUACAGAACCACAGAGAAAACCUGAUUUCCGAGUUGGAAAGUUGUGAAGAGCCUGCGUUGUCACUCCAUCUAGCUGCAUUGGCUAUCUUCACCAUCUGCACUCAGAACAUGCUCCACGCGUCUGGCAGACAAGUGCCGGUCAUCAUUGCCUACUUGAAGACACUCAUGAAAGAGGAGGAUUAUGAACACAUUCAGUUAUAUCACGAUUUAGUUUCAAAAUUCUUGACCUGCAGUGAAGAGGAAAAACAAGAUUAUCAAGACAAGUUGAUGACCGAAUUGCCUUUGAUAAAGAAACUAGUUGCAGACGUAAAGAAGAAUAAGUAAUUUAUUGUUUUUUACACUAUCUGCUAUCCUGAAUCCGCGUUGUUCUAUGCUAUCUUCAUAAAGACAAUGUACCUACUUAUUUUUUAUUUAACAAACAACACAUUCAUCCCACAAUUAGCUUUACUGUGUGUUUUAAAUAAAUAACUAACAACAUUGGCAAUCUAAGAACGAUUUGGCAGCCUUACUGCAAACUUUUUACUCAGUCUUCGUAUGAAUCUUUCAAAUUUACUUGUAUCAUUCAUUAUAUACUUAAAUAAAAU